AUGAAUUCGCAAGGCGAUCGUACAUUAUUUGGCCGUAUUCCCGAGAAGAAUGUAUAUUUUCUCAUCGACACUUCUGGCUCAAUGUAUCAUCAGCUGGGAUUUGUUAAAAGCCAUCUUAUCGAGGUAGAGUUUCGAAGUUUUUACUGACAUGUAGAUGUGAUUUUUAUAGAACUAUAUUUUCAAGAAUUUAACGGUUAGGUAUAAAGGGUUUAAUAUAUUUUUCUAAGUUUAAUAUUAAUCCAUUAAGUCGCAAUCCACCUCAAUGUUUCCCUCUAUUUACUUCAUGGGAGAGUGUUACAAAGUUACUGUAAGUCUUAUUAAAGAAGUUAUCUAGCCUAUCAGCCAAAGUUUAGGUUAACUGAGUAAGCCACACAAUAUGACCCAGCUGUUAGGGGUACACUACAUAACACUUUAAAUUAUAAUAGUCUAUAGUUGUAUCCAAAGUUUUUCUCUUGCAAAACCCUUUAAGCUCUAUUGUGGUUUAGCCGUACAAUUAAUUGUGAAACAUGCUAUAAGUUGUACAAUUAAUUGUGAAAUGGAUUAAUAACCCAAUGAGUGCAUGGCAGAAUUCAUCACUUGACGAGUAAAAUUGUCUGGUGUUAGAGAGAGUAAAAUAAUAAAGUAGGCAGCAUCAGGGCACAAUGCAACUCAGUGGGUUAACUAGACACAUGGGCAGAUAGGCCAGUUAACCCAUUAAGUGCCAGCGCUCUCCCCUUGAUGAGUAAAAUUGUCUGGCAUUAGACAGAGUAAAAUAAUAAAGUAGGCCGCAUCAGGGCGCAAUGUGACUCAAUGGGUUAACCUGUUGAAUAGCUGCACUCUUUAAUUCCUUUGACGAUUAAAAUCAUCUGGCAUUAGACAGAGUAAAAUGAUAAGAUAGGGUGCAUUAGAUAUUUGCAAUCUCUAAUGCAUAAUACAUACUGUGUGUUUCUACAUUUUGUUAGGUUCUCACAAAGCGAGCUGUCCUCUCACAAGAUACCAUGUUCAAUAUAAUUGAAUUCAAUGAACGCACAAAUAAAUGGGCCGAUAGCCUCAUUCAAUGUGAUACAGAGACAGUCAACAUUGCCUCUCAAUGGAUUAGCAAUCUUACUUGCGGUACAUCAACCGACACUAUGACCGCCCUGCUCCUAGCAUUUAACGACCCUGCCACUGAAGCAGUCUACAUGGUGACCGACGGGCUACCAGACCAGCGUCCGUCGGUUAUCCUGGAGAACUGA